AUGUCAAAUUUCUAUCAAACGCGUGUGAUUCACUCGGUGGAGUCGCCGAUGUUCUUCGAUCGAUUCCCAAUCAAGCUCUUGGUUAUCGUAGUUCAAGUCGUCACUCUUCUACUUAACAUAGGUUAUAUGUCUCAGCCGUCAUUGGAAAGAGGAGUUUUUAUUUUCGAAAUGUGCAUAAACUUAUUCCUUGUCGCUUCCAUCGUCGCUUUCCUCGCUGACUACGAACUUCUCAUGCACAUUCAUUACUGGGCCGUGUGUGUCGGGACCAUCAUCCCACUCAUCUUCUGGGGACUGGCAGUGAAAGACUUAUUUUAUCGUACCGACAUCUCCACUGAAGCCGCUAUCUAUAGCAUCAUUCGCCGCACUCUCAUCCUUUUGGUUCCUUACGGAUCAAUGUUUCCUAUGAAAUAUCUCGUUUCUCGUUUCAUUUCUAAUUUUUUGCGUACUCAUAGUUCAGAAGCGAUGCCACGCUUUUACGAUGCCUCUUCCUACUCGGAGCCACCGAAGGUAUGCUGCAUUCCGGUCAAACUCGUUGUUCUUGUCAUGCAGAUUGCUGCAUUGAUUCUUCCAAUUGCAUCGAUUUGUUUUGCACGAAACCAAGAAAGUCACUUGCUCUUCGGCCAAGUUCUCUGGGCUAUAUACUUUGGACUCUCCUUCGUUGCUUUUCUCGUUGAACAUAAAGGAUUAAUGGUCCUUCAUUGUUUCUUCGGAAUCGCUUGCUGGCUCGGAGCAUGUGUCGUGAUCGGUUUGGAAUACUUCAAAAUCAGAGUGUUUUCGGACAAACCCAUUUUCAAUGGGCAAUUCUUCUCUAAUUCCAUCUUACUGGUCGGUACUGGAAUCCUUUUGUUCGUUGCUCUCUUCUACAUCAUCAUGUGCAGUGCUCUCGUCCGCUCUCUUGGCCGUGAACCAGUUCUCCCUGAUUAUAACACUGCUAUGCAGCAACCAAGUUGCCCAGUUGAUACAUCCGAACACACAAAGCUGAUUUACCCAAUUUAUCCACAGCUCUAA